CCGGGCAUGGAUAUUCGGAAUAACCUCACCAGGUUGCAUGAGUUGGAGAAUUGCUCAGUCAUCGAAGGCCAUUUGCAGAUUCUUCUGAUGUUCAAAACGAGGCCUGAAGAUUUCCGUUACCUCAGUUUCCCCAAACUCAUCAUGAUCACUGAUUACUUGCUGCUCUUCCGGGUGUAUGGGCUGGAGAGUCUGAAAGAUCUGUUUCCCAAUCUCACGGUCAUCCGGGGCUCCCGUCUCUUCUUCAAUUAUGCCCUGGUGAUCUUUGAGAUGGUUCAUCUCAAGGAACUCGGCCUGUACAACCUGAUGAACAUCACCCGGGGCUCUGUCCGCAUCGAGAAGAACAAUGAGCUCUGUUAUUUGGCCACCAUCGACUGGUCCCGAAUCCUGGACUCUGUGGAAGACAAUUAUAUUGUCCUGAACAAGGAUGACAAGGAAGAGUGUGGUGACAUUUGUCCUGGCACUGGGAAGGGCAAAGCCAACUGCCCUGCCACCGUCAUCAAUGGGCAUUUUGUUGAGCGAUGCUGGACUCACAGCCAUUGCCAGAAAGUGUGCCCGACCAUCUGCAAGUCGCACGGCUGCACGGCUGACGGCCUGUGCUGUCACAGCGAGUGUCUGGGGAACUGCUCAGCGCCCGACGACCCCACCAAGUGCGUGGCCUGCCGCAACUUCUACCUGGAAGGCCGCUGCGUGCCCACCUGCCCGCCGCCCUACUACCACUUCCAAGACUGGCGCUGUGUCAACUUCAGCUUCUGCCUGGACCUGCACAACAAGUGCAAGAACUCACGGAGGCAGGGCUGUCACCAGUACGUCAUCCACGACAACAAGUGCAUCCCCGAGUGCCCCUCCGGGUACACGAUGAACUCCACCAACUUGAUGUGUACCCCAUGCCUGGGGCCUUGUCCCAAGAUCUGUCACCUCCUGGAAGGAGAGAAGACAAUUGACUCAGUGACCUCAGCCCAGGAGCUUCGAGGCUGUACGGUGGUUAACGGCAGCCUGAUUAUCAAUAUCCGAGGAGGCAACAACCUAGCGGCUGAACUAGAGGCCAACCUUGGCCUCAUUGAGGAAAUAUCCGGGUACCUAAAAAUCCGACGCUCCUACGCUCUGGUCUCUCUUUCCUUCUUCCGGAAGCUGCGUUUGAUUCGAGGGGAGACCUUGGAAGUGGGGAAUUACUCUUUCUAUGCUCUGGACAACCAGAACCUAAGGCAACUCUGGGACUGGAGCAAGCACAACCUCACCAUCAUCAAUGGGAAACUCUUCUUCCACUAUAACCCCAAACUUUGCUUGUCCGAAAUCCACAAGAUGGAAGAAGUUUCUGGAACCAAGGGACGUCAGGAGAGAAAUGACAUUGCCCUAAAGACCAAUGGAGACCAGGCCUCCUGUGAAAACGAAUUACUUAAGUUUUCCUUCAUCCGCACAUCAUAUGACAAGAUUAUGCUGAAAUGGGAGCCCUACUGGCCCCCCGAUUUCCGAGACCUCUUGGGGUUCAUGCUCUUCUACAAAGAGGCAAAAGCCUCUUCAGGCAAUGGUGUAGAAGAUUCUAGGCCAUCCAGGAAGCGCAGGUCUCUCGGGGACGUGGUGAACGUGACCAUGAUGCCGCCUGUCAUCCCGAUUUUCCCCAACGUCUCCUCCACCGUGGUGCCCACCACCCAGGAGCCACCCCGGCCCGUCGAGAAAGUUGUGAACAAGGAGUCGCUGGUCAUCUCGGGCCUGCGUCACUUCACCGGCUACCGCAUCGAGUUGCAGGCCUGCAACCAAGACGCCCCGGAGGAGAGGUGCAGCGUGGCCGCCUAUGUCAGCGCCCGGACCAUGCCUGAAGCCAAGGCGGAUGACAUCGUCGGCCCUGUGACCCACGAAAUCUUCGAGAACAACGUUGUGCACUUGACCUGGCAGGAGCCCAAGGAGCCCAACGGCCUGAUCGUGCUGUAUGAAGUCAGCUACCGGCGCUACGGCGAUGAGGAGCUUCACCUCUGCGUCUCCAGAAAGCAUUUUGCCCUGGAGCAGGGAUGCCGGCUGCGAGGGCUGCCCCCUGGCAACUACAGUGUGCGCAUCCGGGCCACCUCAUUGGCCGGCAACGGCUCCUGGACCGAACCUACUUAUUUCUACGUGACAGAUUAUUUAGAUGUCCCAUCCAACCUUGCGAAAAUCAUCAUCGGCCCGCUCAUCUUCGUCUUCCUCUUCAGCGGUGUGAUCGGAAGCAUUUACCUGUUCCUCAGAAAGAGGCAGCCGGAUGGGCCAAUGGGACCACUAUAUGCUUCUUCAAAUCCUGAGUAUCUCAGUGCCAGUGAUGUUUUUCCAUGUUCUGUGUACGUGCCGGACGAGUGGGAAGUGCCCCGGGACAAGAUCACCCUCCUGCGGGAGCUGGGCCAGGGCUCCUUCGGUAUGGUGUACGAGGGCAAUGCCAAGGACAUCAUCAAGGGCGAGGCGGAGACCCGUGUGGCGGUGAAGACGGUCAAUGAGGCGGCCAGUCUGCGGGAGCGCAUUGAGUUCCUCAACGAGGCUUCGGUCAUGAAGGGCUUCACCUGUCACCACGUGGUCCGCCUCCUGGGCGUGGUGUCCAAGGGCCAGCCCACACUGGUGGUGAUGGAACUGAUGGCUCAAGGAGACCUGAAGAGCUACCUCCGAUCUCUGAGGCCAGACGCCGAGAAUAACCCGGGUCGACCACCCCCUACGCUGCAAGAGAUGAUUCAGAUGGCAGGAGAGAUUGCUGACGGCAUGGCCUACCUGAAUGCCAAGAAGUUUGUGCACCGAGACCUGGCUGCACGAAACUGCAUGGUUGCCCACGAUUUUACUGUCAAAAUUGGAGACUUUGGAAUGACCAGAGACAUCUACGAAAUGGAUUACUACCGGAAGGGGGGCAAGGGCCUGCUACCUGUGCGGUGGAUGGCACCCGAAUCCCUGAAGGAUGGGGUCUUCACUGCUUCCUCAGAUAUGUGGUCCUUUGGUGUGGUCCUCUGGGAAAUCACCAGUUUAGCCGAACAGCCUUACCAAGGCCUGUCUAAUGAACAGGUGUUGAAAUUCGUCAUGGAUGGAGGGUACUUAGAUCAGCCUGACAAUUGUCCUGAGAGAGUUACCAAUUUGAUGCACAUGUGUUGGCAAUUCAACCCCAAAAUGCGCCCCACCUUCCUGGAGAUCGUCAACCUGCUCAAGGAUGACCUGCACCCUAGCUUUCCAGAAGUUUCCUUUUUCCACAGCGAGGAGAACAAGGGGCCGGAGAAUGAGGAGCUGGAGAUGGAGUUUGAGGGGGAUAUGGAAAAUGUACCCUUGGAUCGGUCCUCACACUGUCAGAGGGAAGAGGCCGGGGGCCGGGAGGGCGGAGUGUCCUCCCUAGGGUUGAAGCGGAGUUAUGAAGAGCACAUCCCUUACACCCACAUGAAUGGAGGCAAGAAGAAUGGGAGGAUUCUGACUCUUCCCAGAUCAAAUCCUUCCUAACGAACAGUGCCCAAGGGGCAGGGAAUAUGGGGGGGGCAGGGGUGCCCAUUUGCCAUGACCUCUGGGUUUGACGCCUCCAGAAACCUCAGGAUUCUCCUCACUCUGCCCCCUGUGACACAGGGCUCAGAGAUCGCUGGGACACGUUUUCUAUUCCUCUUUUUGAUCGUUGCCUGGGUGGGGGGGAGGGAGGGGAAGCGAACUCUGAGCCCAGAGACAGUGGGGGGAGGGGGGGCGGUUCCCACAGCUGCUGCCCUUUUUUGGCCUCCACAAUUUCAAACCAGGAUUCUCUUCUUCAUCUUCAUCUUCCUUUCUUUGUUGUGAUGAAAAGAAAACAUCUAUUUUUUUUUGUUUUUGUUUUUUACAUUUUUUUCCUUUUCCUUCUAAGCUGGUGUCUGAGCUUACACUGUAAGAGAGAAACUGUUUGUGAGACAGAUGUUUGAAAGCAAAGCAAAGCAAAAAAAAAAGAGAAAAACCAACAGCAACAACAACCCUGUUCUAGGAGAAUUCCUAAGUUUGCAGGGUGGGGCCUUUGAGAAGGAUUUAAUUUUAUUAUUAUUAAUAUUAUUAUUAUUAUUUUUGUGUCUCGUUCACAAAAUCAAGUUCCUCAAGUUGACCAAUAGCUGCUGCUCUUUUGCUCUUUUCUUACUUUUGACAGGAGGACACUGGCACGUGGGUACAGCCACGUGUGCAUGUGCGCAUGUGUCUUCAUCCACACAUGC